UAAUACUACUACAUACCUUCAUUCAAAACCAAAAAUUCUCCCUCAAAAAAAAUGUCAUUCAACCCUUUGAAGUCCUCUGCGACUUCAGCAGCAGUUUCAUGGAAAUCAACAGGCAAGCUUCAAAAAACACUAUCUAGAUGCAUAGAAAAGCAUGGCAUUGGCCUACACUCAGGCAGAUCAACCAAGGUCAAGUUAUGGCCGGAGUUAGCCAAAAAAGGGAGGUAUUUCAAAGUGGGUAAUAAUUUAAUUGAAACUUCCAUUGAUUUUGUCAAAGAAUCGCCUCUUUGUACUGCGCUUUGUAAAGAUGGUGUUAAGGUUACUACUGUUGAGCAUCUGCUUUCAGCUUUGGAAGCAAUUGGGGUCGAUAAUUGCUGUAUUGAGCUCACCCCCACUAACCCGGAUGACCCUAUUGUUGAGGUACCCAUCUUGGAUGGUUCAGCAAGGGAGUGGGUGGAAGCAAUCGAACAAACUGGCUUAGAGGAUGCCACUGAUGAAGAGGGCAAUAGUUGUGAUAAGAUGGCACCAUAUGUCAAUGUGCCUGUUCAUAUCAGGAGAAAAGACUCAUUCAUUGCAGCUUUUCCAUCCCAGGAGAUUCAUAUUAGUUACGGCAUCAAUUUUCCAGAGGUACCUUCGAUUGGUUGCCAGUGGUUUUUUUCAAAGAUUUUUAGCGGGUCUUUCUAUGCAACAGAGAUAGCUCAUGCCAGAACAUUUUGUGUUCAUGAAGAGGUGGAGAAGAUGCGUGAAAUGGGACUUAUAAAAGGUGGUUCACUAGAGAAUGCUAUUGUUUGUAGUGCCUCGAAAGGUUGGUUAAAUUCACUACUGCAUUUCCAUGAUGAGCCUUGUCGCCAUAAAGUCUUGGAUCUUAUUGGUGAUCUCUCUAUCUUUGCAAAAUCUGGAAAUCAAGGGCUUCCUAUAGCACAUAUUGUUGCUUAUAAGGCUGGCCAUGCUUUGCAUGCAGAUCUUGUACGCCAUCUAAGCUGACCUCUUUCCAUUAUAGAGGUAAUUGAUUUCUAAAAAAACACUUUCUCAAUGAUUUGCUGAUGGAUUUGGCUUUCAUCCUGCAACUCCACUGACUCCAUUUGAUCAGAAACUGUAAAAUGAAGAGCAUAUUGUUGGUAUUAGCCCCAAGACUUUACCAAGUUAGUUGCCAUCUGCAAUUAAUGGCAUGUUUGAUGUAUUUUUAAUCUUAUUAUUAUAGGAUCUCAUCUAAAGCAUGGAUCAAUAAACAUCUUUGAUACUAAUAGAAUGUUUAAUGAUUGUGGAGUAGCUACUGAUUUGUUUA